CCUUGGCUAUUCUAAAAAAGAGCUCUCAUUCUCGCAGCGAAGAAGGGGAAGACAGACCUCCCAGCGCUUAUUGCUCUCCAUCCACAUUCUCCGGGAUUGAUACGGGAUUUCAAUGUUCAGCCUGCUCCUUAGCUUCUGUGUUGAGUGGGGUUGCCCCUAUAUGGCGUUUGGGAGCGUGAGUGGAGACUUCUGCCAGGCACAGCACCUCGCCUUCGUGGACAAGUGAACCGAGAGCCCCCCGAAAGACUACGCUACCCACAAGCCCCCCUGACUGCACCGCCUGCCAACACACUGGGCCUUCCUCCUCACUGCCACCCCAUCUCUCUCUCUCGCUCUCUCUCUCUUCCUCCCUCUCUCGCUCAGUCUCUCUUCUCGGUGGCCCGCUCCUCCACAGCCUUGACCUCGUCCGAACCCUGUGACCCCGCCCCCUCCUUCCAGAGUUCUCUAGCACUCUGCACCGCGCGGCUCUGCGCCAGACACCCAUCGGACGCUCGUCUGCUCCUGCAGUGAUUUCUCGGACUAGCCUGUCUUCCUCACCGCUCCUGAAUGGGGUUCAGGACUGUGAAAGUGAAGAGUGUGUGUCUGUGCUGUAAUUGUUUCAAGACGUCUGGCCAACAUGAACCGCCCGGCAGCAGUAGAGAUCUCCUACGAUGGGAUGAAAUUCCUCAUCACACACAACCCCACCAACUCUACACUCAACAAGUUCACAGAGGAACUGAAGAAGUUUGAAGUGAAGACGCUGGUGAGAGUGUGUGAUGCCACCUAUGACAAAGCCCCUGUGGAGAUGGCCGGAAUCACGGUCCUGGACUGGCCCUUUGAUGAUGGAGCCCCUCCCCCCACCCAGAUCGUAGAUGAUUGGCUGAACCUGUUGAAGACCAAGUUCAGGGAGGAACCUGGGUGCUGCAUCGCUGUCCACUGCGUGGCCGGACUGGGCAGAGCUCCCGUGCUGGUGGCCUUAGCCUUAAUUGAGUGUGGGAUGAAGUACGAGGAUGCUGUCCAGUUCAUAAGGCAGAAGAGACGUGGAGCCUUCAACUCCAAGCAGCUUCUUUACCUGGAGAAGUACCGGCCCAAGAUGCGCCUGCGCUUCAAGGACUCCAACGGCCACAACUGCUGCAUCCAGUAGACCGCCGCCGGAGCGUUCCGCGCCCAACACCAUACCUUUUUUUAGCAAGCAGAAGACGACGACAAAGAAGAAGAAGAAACCAAACUCGAACCGAUACAAAAAAAAAAAGAAAAACAAAAUAUUUGCUAUGUAGGGACAGAAGCCGAGCGGAGUCAGCAAAGCGUAAAUGUUGUGGUGAUUGUGUUUGUCUUGAUACUGGACAGCGAGGAGCGGUUAACGGAGGACAGGACUGUGUGCAGGACAUAGGCCUGUACAACACACCAGCUGUAUGAUUUCAGAGCUAGAGGUCAAAGCACACCGAUUAGGCCCACCUCCUGGUUACCUGUGCACCAAUCACGGGCUUAGAAUCUCACUUCCUGUUGGCCUGUGAGCCAAUCGCAGGCUAAAAUCCCUCCUGAUCUUUUUUUUUUUUUAUACCCCCACACACCACCCACCCUUUCCCCUGAUCUAAUCAUGGGAUAGCCUUUUUUAUUUUUGUUUUUUAUUCUACAUGAGAAAUGUUGUUUAAAUGAACCAGUGGUAAUAGAGAUUUAUACAUGUGAAAUUGUAAUGAUAUUAAUGAUUUUUAUUAAUAACAUUAUUGGUAUGAUUAUUCAUGGGCCAGACUUAUGUACUUUUAAAAUUUUGUUUUGAAGCCUUCUUACACAAACUCAAGUUGUUUUGGUCAAAGUGACUGUAGGAUGGGCAUGGGUGUUAUUGCACGAACACAAAGAAACUGAACAGGUUCCAUUCAAAUGCAGUAACUUUCUUCUCUCUUUCUCUCUUUCUCUCUUUCUUUCUUUCUUUCUUUCUUUCUUUCUUUCUUUCCCCCCCCCCCCCAUCUUCUGGGAAUUUCCCUCUGUAAUUUUGGGGGGUUUCGGAUGGGCUUGACAUAUAUUCUCUGUAUUUAUUCUGUUUAAUUAAUCUCUGCCUGGAGUUGGGUAGGGGCCAGAGACCCUUCACACUCGAAGACACACACACACACACACACACACACACACACACACACUGACUUAUCUGUUAUCUCUUCUUUUAAACAACCAUGUUUUCAGUUUUGUUUUCUGAAUUUCUGGGGAGUGCAAUAUUCAGUCCAGCUUAAAGAAGGCAGGCCUCACCCCUGGGACCGUCCUACACGCGCACACACACACACACACACUCAGACAAACACACAGGGACUUACACGUGCACACACACCAAUGAAAAUCGCACAGGAGGAGGCUUGGUUGGUUAAGGUACUUGCUCACUUAUCAUGGCUGUUCACUCCUGUUUUAAAAAGGUAAUCGUCAACCCACACACACACACACACACACACACACACAGUCUCACUGUGACCCUACUGUUCAGCCCACAGUCACUGAAGGAAGGUUGCUGCAGCCAUGCCGUGUGUAAGGGGUGAUCAGUUCAAGAUUUAUUUUGUAUAAUUUCCUCCGAACCUUUACCCCCUUACUUUGUCUUGGUUUUAAAAUAAAUGAAUAUAAACUGUU